GCGCAGUGCGGAUGUGAUGGUACGGCUGGAGGCGAUGGCGGCUGGAGAUGCCGCAUGCGACGGCGCCGCCGUAUCCCGAAUACUGCAGGGCGCCAAGUCCAUGGCAGCGAUGGUGGCGGCGGCGGAGGCGGCGGAGCAGCGGAGGAACGCUGCCGCCGCCGCUGCUGGCAGCGGCGGCAGUCCGAAGUCCUCACCGUCGGCAGCAGCUGGUGCCGGAAACGGCCAGACGGGGGACGACGAUGAGGAGGUGGCGGCGGCGUUGCGUGCUGCGGGCGCUACACCGCUUGAUUCCGCUGAUGCCUCGGAGACAGAUGACGCUGAUGAUGAGGGGGAAGAUCAUCAAGGUUACGUCGGAAGUGCAGAGGAGGAAGGCGAAUUCUCCUCCAUCUCCACCUCCACCUCCGCGGACUCCCAACAGCACAACCCCCAGCCCCAGCCUCAGUCACAGCCCCCUCGAAAGCCGCCACCCCGGCAGCAGUCCCCACACUCCGAAACCAGCCCUGCCACCACCGGGCAGUUCGAAACCGCCUGGGUCUCUCAGCUCCGCCGAGAGGGGCUGGUGGGGGCGCUGGUGGCCGCAGCCUACCCGGACCGCAUCGCUGAGCGCCGCGAGCGGUCCAACACCCGACCCGCCUACACGCUUGCAUCAGGUCAGGUGGUGCGGCUGCCCUCGCCUGACGACCCUCUGGGUGACUUCGCCUAUCUCGCGGUGGCGGACAUCGGCGGGGUGGGGUCGGCGGCGGCAGCAGCGGGGCGGCGGGACGGCGGCACCAAUGACACGGUUCGUGCCGCCGCGGGACUGAGUACGGCAGCCAUCGAGCGGUACCUUGGGGACAUGGUGCAGGAUCGAGAGGUGGUGUUCUGGGCCAGCGGCAACAAGUCGGUGGUGGCACGGCGGCAGCGGCGGCUGGGCUGUCUGGUGCUGGGGGAGCGAGCAGCGCCACCGACCAAUGAUGAGGCAGCCUGGCCGGCGCUGCUGCAGGGUUUCAAGGAGAUGGGCGGCAUCCGUGGCGUGGGUCUGAGCCCCGCCCUGGAGUCCUGGAGGCAGCGGGUCAUCUGGCUGAGGACACAGGCGCGAUCGGCACAACCCACCGCCACUGCCGCCGCCGCCUCUUCCGCCUCGCCUUCCUCCUCCCACUCCUCCAUCACCACACCUACCACCAUCAACAACAACGGCAAGGGCACCACCAACAGCACCACCAACACCAACAACAACAAUAGCACUAUCACCACGUCCGCCUCCGUCUCCUCGGGGAAUCCUGCCGCCGCUGCAGCCCGGCUGGCCUCCCUGCCCGACCUGAGCGACACGGCUCUGCUGGCGGAGGCGGCACGCUGGCUGCGACCCCACCUAGCAGGGGUGCGCAGCCGGACGGAUAUAAUGAAGCUGGACUGGAACGCGAUACUCAGAUCCCUGGUCCCCUGGGACCUGCAGCCCCUAGUGGACUCCGAGGCGCCCUCCCACCUGCAGCUGCCCACCGGCUCCCGCGCCGCUGUGGACUACAGCCGCAGCCCGCCCUGCGUGCGCUGCAGGCUGCAGGAGGUGUUUGGGCUGCCGGCCACGCCGCUGCUGGCGGGGGGCCGGGUGCCGUUGCAGUUGGAGCUGCUGUCGCCGGCGGGGCGGCCCGUGGCGGUCACCUCCGACCUGGCUCGCUUCUGGAGCAGUACCUACCCCGAGGUACGGCGGGAGCUGCGGGGGCGCUACCCGCGACACGUGUGGCCCGACGACCCGCUGCAGGCGGAGGCCACUCGGCUGACCAAGAAGCAGCUGGAGCUACAACAGGAGCGGCAGCAGCAGCAGGAAGGCGCAGCGGAGGGUGCCGCGGCAAGCGGCGGCGGCAGCGGCGGCAAGAACAAGGCAAGCGGGCCGCCCGCGGGAGGGACGGGUGGUAAGAAGCAGAGUGGAGGUUCAGGCGGCAAGCGGAGAUAAUGGAAGGUACAUGCAGCGGGAAGCUCGCCUACACGUAUGCGACUGCCGCAUUGCCGUACGAACAGCAGGCGAAGCUGUGAAAUUGCACGUGUAAUGAUAAUCCUUGCGGAAUGCCGCCAUGGGUUCCACACGCGCGCGUGCGUGGAUGGGUGAGUGAAGUACGAGGAGAUUGCGGUGCGCGCGCGCGAAUGCAGGCAGCUGCCGAUGACUGCGUGCCAGAAGCCACUUGCCAUCUGCUCGCACUGGUCACGUGGUAAACCCAGAUGACCCAGAUGGCGUCCUGUGUUACCGGCACCUCAUGUGCACCCACGAUGGAUGCCAGUGGAUUGCGGCAUGAAUGAGGCAUUCAAGUGAUUACAACUUCCUGCAUUGGCUCUCCCCACAACCGAUUCCCAUGCCCUAGGAUGCGCUUAUUGCGUAUGUAAGGUGCAGGGAGGGGAUUUGGUGGUACGGUAGGUGAGAUAACUGUCGCGGGUAACAACCCGGGGGCUGUGUACCCAAGUACGAUAACCGGAGCCAUGUUUGACCAGAUGAAAUGUGCGUCUGAACUCCUUCUCGUUACCGGAACCUGGGAGGCUAAGUAGUGGUGCACACCGCACUAACCUGCUUCAUGGCUGCUAGCUGCUGCUACCGGCUGCUACCGGUAGAAUAUUAAUGGGGCUGUUGGCAACAGUGCAACAUUUUGGGUAGGUGAGGUACGAGGCUGGCGGUGGGGCUUUCCCGCUGGUUCCGGUUGCGAGGGAUUGGGG